UAAAAGAAUUGUUUACAACCGAAGAAGAUUUAAAUCCCACACAUCAUGAGCUUUUGGAUGAUUUAAACCUUCAUGCAAAGGACCAUAAAUCUAGUCCCAUAUUCACAGGCGAAGAGGAAGUUUUUGCGUUUGAGAGAGCAGUAUCAAGGUUAAUUGAAAUGCAAGGACAAGAAUGGAUAAGCAAAAUAAUAUUGAAAAUAAGGUCUGGUGAUUCAACUAUGUCUUCACGUUUAACUUUAGAGUAUGUGA